AUGGUGUACGAGUAUGAGUACUUGGGUCAUGAUGAUGGCACAACACGCAUCGUGGGUGGCGCAGAUGCCAAGCCAGGAGCCUGGCCCUGGAUCGUCAGCCUUAAGCAUCCUGCACUACCAGGCACAAGACAUCUGUGUGGAGGGUCUCUCAUCACUGCAGAGUGGGUCCUCACAGCAGCCCACUGCUUUGACCCCAUCAGGAAAAUUAGCAUGGUGUAUCUGGUGAUUGGGGCCACUCAGUUGACCAAGCCCGGACCUGGAGCACAACUGCGCCGGAUUAAGAAGUUAGUGCGUCAUGAACAAUAUAAUAAAAUUGACAAAAGUAACGAUAUUGCCUUGCUGCAACUGAGCAAGCCUGUCGACUGCAACCCCUACACACAGCUGGCCUGUGUGGCUGACCCCACCCUAAGAUUGUCAGAGCUGCAGAACUGCUGGGUGGCUGGCUGGGGUGCCACCACUGCAAGAGCUCAAAAAUCCAGUGAUGUCCUACAGGAGGCCAAGGUUCAACUCAUCGAUGUCCAGCUCUGCAACAGCACUGGCUGGUACGCAGGGAAAAUCCACACCCACAACUUGUGUGCUGGUUACCCACAGGGCCUCAUCGACACCUGCCAGGGUGACAGCGGUGGUCCUCUCAUGUGCCAGGACAACAACGCUGACUACUUUUGGAUUGUGGGAGUGACCAGCUGGGGAAGAGGCUGUGCCAGAGCAAAGCUGCCUGGAGUCUACACCUCCACUCAGUACUUCCAUGAGUGGAUCCUGGCCCAGAUCAGCCUGGAGACAAUUGGAAGUGCCUCUUGA